AUUGCAGUGUUCCCCACAAACCACCCCCACACUGGGUGUCCAUUAGCUCAUGUUCAGCGAUGCGUACCCUUUUGCGAAUUCCCUCACUGCCCUUGCCUCCUAGACAAGAUACCAUCCACGUGGAUUAUAUGCUCAGCACACAUAUCAUUCCCGCUGUCUUGCCUAGACUGGUUCCAGAUAUUCCCAUUCCCAAGGUUCCAACAUAUAUUAAUUUGAUACCAGCUUCUGAAAGGUGGAAGCAAGCAACCACGGUCAUCAGGGAACUUAUUGAGAGGCAGAUGUGUUUCGCGCAAGGGAAAUUGACCGGUGACUGUAGCCAGAAACCACUUUGGAAUUGUGUCAACCGCUAUGUCCGGGUACAUAGAUGCGAUGCCUUGGGGACUGGUUUGACCUUGUUCCUCGUUCCUGCAACCGGGUUCCCAAAGGAAGUGAGUAUAACUAGCCACUUUCCUUGUAUGUUGGUAACUGGGAUUUUAGAUAUGGGAGCCUAUGAAGCCGUCAAUCAUGGCGACUCGGCUCUUGUGAAUGCGGGGAGUCUGAGCGGAAUUUUCGACUGGCACGAUGGUGCCCGUGACAUUGCGAAUUUUCUUUUAAACUACCUCCCUGAAGAGAGCACCCCUGUGCCCUUGCCUACUUGCCUUGCGCGUGUUCCAGAAGCCACGAGUAACACACGCAAAGAACUUGGCUAUCACUGUCGGAGGCUUGUAGUAGCUGGUCACUCGUUUGGUGGCACUUCCUUAACUUUGGCAGCUUUGAAUUUCCCGAAGUUGUUUUCGUCCCACCCUUGGCAGCAGUUUUUGGGCCUUCCCACGGUCUUUAGAUAUAUUUAUUGUGUACGCAAUAAUGUACCUAAUAGAUGCCAUCAUCAGGGGGAGGUUCCAGCCAAUUCCAGCAAUGGUCGUGAGGCACCCUCCCUGCCGCUAAUGGCAAAGAUCAACGUUGUGGGGAAGGUAAGCUGAGCGUGUUACAUCCCUCUACGGAGGUCCACCCGUCUAUCGGGCGAGAUUCGCCAUGUAGCUAGGCGGGAUCUUUGAGUGUUUUCUAUCCCUCCCAGGAGGAUUCCCGAGCCAUUUUCCGUUGUUCAUCUACCUAUGUCCCAACCAUCUGUCAGAGGCACUAAUCAGACUGGG